AGGAUUUUGAUGAUGCCUAGUCUCACCAAGGACCCUCAGUCUAUAUCUCGCUUUGAACAGGGGUAUACAAGCAGCAAUGUUGAAGCUCAUUCACCGUUCUGCCUGUUUCAGUGGCAUCGAGGAAAACAUCCAACUCGCAAAGAUAUACUAUCUGUGGAUGAGCUUAGAAAUUGUGGUGGGUGGGAUUUAGGUAUUCUCACGGCCCCAACUGAUGAGCCUGCCUCUUUGCCUGGCCUUCUAAAAUUAGUUGACUUGUUCGGCAUACCGAGCGACUUCGUCGGCGAGAGAUCUCAUGCAGUCACCCACUCAUUUGGCAUCCGCAAGUUGGGAGACGAAUCUGAAAUUGUAUGGAUCCGUUUCCUCGCUCUACUGCCGUCACUGCCAUUCCACGGAAAACCCCGAUGGAGAAGAUCGGCCGUCGUGUUGAAGUGGGUGCCAACUCCGUCCUCGAAUAACAAGUCCACGUCGGCGCCAUCCCGGCAAGUUACACUUAUUUGUUUCCAACCCGUCGAAGGAAUCUUAGUAGCUAUCAAUCGACUUUUUAAGUCUAGCAGGUGGGAAGACGCCCUCAGGGAUCCAUAUUUCCUGAUCAAUGCAUCGUUCGAGACAUGGCAUGAGCUCGUUGAUGAAAAUGCAUGGAAAUUGGUGGAUUUAUCUCGCGAAGCUGAAAGAAGCAUAUUCGAACGUUCGGCCCAACUAGAGAUCGACAGCGCCGAGCUACUCGCAAUCGAUUACAAUAGCAUCCACAACCUUGCCAAAGAUGCUAUACACAUGGUGGAGGGGUUAGACGCCAGUCUAAGAUCCCUUGAGUGUGCUUUGCGUUACCAUAGCGAAAUGGAGAAGCUGCAAAGGGACGAUCCUGCCAUCUGGGAAGCCACACACCGUUCCCUGCACUACCGCAGAGAGAUGUUCCACUCGACUAGAUUGCGAAUGCUAAGCGUGGACCAGAGACUAAAGAAUAUUAUCAACAUGGCCUUCAACAUUGGAACUAUGCAUGAUAGCCGGGUCAUGAGGCAAGAUAGCUAUGUCAUGAAAACACUCUCGAUAUUGGCGAUGGUGUUCCUUCCCAUCUCCACAGUUAGCUCCAUUUUUGGUACCCAGUUCUUCACCACAACCACAUCACCGGAUCCCACAUCAAGCACUGGCGCUGUUAAUACAUCAUUUGUUGUCAAUAAAAAGAUCUGGUGGUUGUGGACAAUCUCGAUCCCUGUAACCGUAGUCAUGUUAGUUGGUUGGGGAGUCUGGAUAAAACGGUCCCAACUAAAAGCUGAGCGACUAACGUAUUGGAUGAAGGAUGUUGAGAAGGCUAAAUCCGCUUGAGAGACGUCUAUUUUCCCUAACUAGGCGGAACUGUCAAGCCGAAUAUUGACUGACUAUGUAAUAGUAGAGGACCAGAAUAGACUGACAAGAUCCUUC